AUGUACUUCUUCCUCAGUCAGCUCUCCCUAUCGGACCUGAUUAUGGCCAACAGUGUUGGACCCAUUUUGCUUCAUGUGCUGGUGGAUCAACAAACCACAAUCACCUUUGCAGGCUGCUUAGCUCAGUUUUACUUUUUCAGUGCAUCCUUGGCCCUUGAAACUCUCCUUUUGACCGUAAUGAUGGAAUGUUUCCUUUUGACAAUAAUGUCUUAUGAUAGGUAUCUGGCCAUUUGUUGCCCACUGCACUAUAAUACCAUUAUGAGCUUUUUGUUUUGCAUCAAAGCGAUUAUUACAUCAUGGUCGUUGAGUGCUCUAUUAACAAUCCUUCAGGCAUAUCAGGUUAGCCAGCUACAAUUCUGUGGACCAAACACCAUGGAUCAUUUUUUUUGUGACUUUGAGCCUUUGCUUAGACUUUCUUGCUCAAAUGUUUUCACUGUACGGUUGACAGCUAGCAUCUUAGGCAUUCCAUUACUGUUCUGUUCUUUCAUUGUCGUUGUGCUUUCCUACACUUAUAUCAUCUUCACUGUUGUUAAGAUGAAGUCAAUUUCUGGAAGAAAGAAGGCCUUUUCCACUUGUAGCUCUCAUUUAUUUGUGGUCUCCCUUUAUUAUGGGACAUUAAACGCCAAAUACCUUGUCCCAACCAAAGAGAAAUCAUCUACUAUGGGUAAAGCCCUUUCUGUUCUGUACACAGUGAUCACUCCAUUGUUCAAUCCCAUAAUUUACAGUGUGCGAAACAAGGAUUUUACCAAAGCCUACAGCAAAUUAAUGGCUGAAAUAUGCAGUUGA